CCUCUGCUUUCCAGCUAAAGUCUCCGGGGAGUAUCGAACUACCACGUCUGCAGCGGUGAGAGAGGGGAAGAGGAGAGGGGAUCAAAAUAAGCCGACUAGAGGGUAGAGAAGACAGGACAGCGAGGAGUAAAGUCUGCCUCACGAAAACAAAGUCGGCUGCAACAUCUGGAGUAAAGUGCAAGCUCAAUUUGGACAUAAAAUACGCACAGGCUGCAGCUCCCGAGCCCCUCCUUCAGACUUCCUGCUCCCGAGAACGUCUGAUAAUUUGGUUAAACUUCCCCAACACGCAAGAAAAAUGCACAGACUGGACAAAUACCUCUCGUGGUUUAGGUAACUUAAGUGAUACGUUGUGAAGACACACAUCUUCUGGAAACGCGUUUUGAGCUUUGCGCAAAGUCUAUCGUGGUCACGCCGUUUUCGUUUAUGGGACACGUUUUUCACAAUGUUUUGACAAAUAGCAAGGUGAAUAUUGCGCAAACUGUUACAGGAAGAUCUGUGCGUUUUUGAUUAGUUUUUUUGGAGAGACGAGUGAUGGCACCAGAGCUCAAAUCGCUUAUCCGACUGCUGCUGCUUGCGGUGGCGUGGGAGCUGAGCGCACAGGGAGCGACGGAGCGACAAGUCAAUCCACAGACAUGGCUGCAGCAGUAUGGUUACCUGCCCCCGGGGGACAUGCGAGCCCACUCCCUCCGCUCCCCUCACUCCGUCACCUCGGCUAUCAGCGCCAUGCAGAAGUUCUACGGCCUCACCGUCACUGGCACCUUUGACCCCAACACAAUCGAGGCCAUGAAGCGACCGCGCUGUGGAGUGCCAGAUAAGUUUGGUGCUGAGUUGAAAAGCAACCUGAGGAAGAAGCGAUACGCCAUCCAGGGCCUGAAGUGGGGCAAGAAUGAAAUCACUUUCUCUAUUCAGAACUACACCCCUAAGGUGGGUGAGUACGAGACCAAUGAAGCCAUCAGGAAGGCCUUCAAGGUGUGGGAGAGCGUCAGCCCGCUACGUUUCCGGGAGAUCCCCUACAGUCACAUACGGGACAAGGUGGAAGAGUUUGCCGACAUCAUGCUCUUCUUCGCCGAGGGUUUCCACGGUGACAGCAGCCCGUUCGAUGGGGAGGGGGGCUUCCUGGCACAUGCCUAUUUCCCCUCUAGUGGUAUCGGUGGGGACACCCACUUUGACGCAGCUGAGCCAUGGACAAUCGCAAACAAGGAUCUGUAUGGUAAUGAUCUGUUCCUGGUUUCGGUCCAUGAACUGGGCCAUGCUCUUGGUCUGGAGCACUCCAAUGACCCUUCAGCCAUCAUGGCUCCAUUCUACCAGUGGAUGGAAACCGAGCACUUCGUACUUCCUGACGACGAUCGCAGAGGCAUACAGCAACUUUAUGGGUCUGGAUCAGGCCCUCAGCCCCCCCCUGUAUCAACUCGUGCGCCGAACCAUGACCCUGACAUUGAAUAUUCGCCAGACAAGCCUCACUUUGGCCCCAACAUCUGUGAUGGACACUUCGACACGAUCGCUAUCCUCAGAGGAGAAAUGUUUGUGUUCAAGGAUAAAUGGUUCUGGAGAGUACGGAACAACCAUGUUCUGGAUGGAUAUCCAAUGCCGAUUGGUCACUUUUGGAGGGGACUGCCCACUCAUGUGACUGCUGCUUUUGAAAGGGAAGAUGGGAAAUUUGUUUUCUUUAAAGGGGACAAGUAUUGGGUGUUUACUGAAUCAAUUCUAGAUCCUGGUUUCCCGAAGAACAUAAAGGAAAUGGGCACUGGACUUCCCAAGGACCGAAUAGAUGCUGGUCUCUUCUACACCCCCACUGGACAGACGUUUUACUUCAGAGCAAACAAAUAUUACCGUUUCAACGAAGACAUGCGAAGCGUUGAUGAGGGCUAUCCAAAAGCUGUCAGUGUGUGGCAAGGAGUGCCUGACAAUAUCAAGGCAGCUUUCAUGAGCAAAGAUCAAGAGCACACCUACUUCUACAAAGCCAACAAGUAUUGGAAGUUUAACAACCAGGUGAUGCGUGUGGAGCCCGGAUAUCCCAAAUCAGCCCUUCGUGACUGGAUGGGCUGUCCCAACGAAGACCCCAAGACUGAUGGAGGCAAAGGCGGUGGCGGACACGACAAGGACAAGGAGAGGGAGAAGGACAAGGAGUGGGAUGAUAAGGACAGAACUAGAGAUAGAGAGAGGGAAAGGGAGAGGGAGAGGGAAAGGGAAAGAGAGAGGGAUAGGGGGACAGAGGUGGAGGAGGAGACGGAGGUGAUCAUUAUUGAGAAGGAAGGGGUAGGUGGAGGCAGUGGAGCAGCGGCGGUAGUGUUACCGUUGUUCUUGUUGGUGUGUGUGAUUGCGACGCUGGCUGCCUUGUUGUUUUUCCGUCGGUACGGUACCCCACGCAGACUGCUCUACUGCCAACGGUCUUUACUGGAUAAGGUGUAGACGGAGGAGAAGGGGAAGGAGAGAGGAGGGAAAGAGAGGAAAGGAAGGAGAAAAAAAGUGGAAGGAAAUGUUGAACACAGAUAAUGAGAGCAGAACAGAAAAAGUUAACACUGGAGAAAGAGCAGAAGGAUAAGCACAAGACUCGCAUUUUUAAAUAUUCGUACCACUGCCAGUUUCCUUUUGCUCAAUCUCUCAACCACUCCAUCCUUCCAGUUUUCCGCCUCCCUUCGGCCUCGGCCUCUCUCCUCGUGGUUACUGACGCCAGCUCUUUGCUGUUUGUUUAGCUUUUUUCAAUGUCUUAUUUUGAGUUUAUGUCAGUGGUCAGUGUUUGUGUCCUUGUGAAUUCCCGCUUCAAACCUGCAUCUCCAUGACGCCCAUCCUAGCAUGUUCCUUUAAGUAUCAAAGAGCGUGUUUUAUCGCUCUUUCCUCCCCCUUGUUAACUUGCACAAACUCACAUUAAAACCACAAUGGCAUAGUCAUUGUUUUCCUAGUCUUCCAGUAAAGUAACAUGUCAGAGGCAGUACGGGCCAUACAAGGGAAACAAAGCCAAAGCUUAAGUCCUUAAGAAGCAUGAGAUUCACUCAUCAGAGUAAAGCAAUAAAUACGAUUGUCUUUUCCUUUUUUAUAGCAAUGUCUUUAGUGCUGAUUAUUAUAAAUGAUGUUGUCAUUAUUAUUAUGACUAAUACUAUUAUUGUUGUUGUGUAAAGAAUGUGUUUUUGUACAUUGUCAUUAAAAAGUCCUGCUGGACAGUGACAUACAGUUUUGAAAAUGGCCUUAAUUUUAUAUGUGUGGGAACAGUGAACGGGGAAGGGGGUUAUGUAUUCUUGAAACUUGAAUGUCUUUUCUUUUUUUUUUACCUUGAAUCCAUUUCAAAUGAAAAUAAAUUGAAGAUCUGAAAAUGA